AUGGCGCUGGCCAGCCUGCUGGAGCCGCAGCUGCCCGUGAACAGGGCCGGGUUCUUCGGUUUCGGGGCCGGCAACGAGUUCCGACUCCCCGCGCUCGGCCCCUGCGGUGGGGGCGGCCAUGGGGCGGAGGCCCAGGCCUCGGGGAUGCCCCUGCUUCUGGCGGCCCCUUGUCCCGGCCUGGACCGAGGCGCCGCCGCGGGGGAUGCCAAGAUCGAGCUGCUGCACGGCACCACCACCCUGGCCUUCAAGGUGGGCGGCGGGGGGAAACGCCCCUUUGGGGGCUGAGAGGGGGCGCUUUGGGUGCGAGUGGUGGGGGGUUGGAUGCAUCGCUUUGGGGGGGGGUGAGCCCUACUUGGAGAAGACUCAUUGAGACGAAUGAGUUGGGUCCUCUCUUGAGUACGGCCAGCAUUGGAUUACAAACCAUGGUUUUGAAACCUUUAUCUUGUUUGUUUGCUCACAACUUUUCUUCGCUGAUUUUAUUAUUUGCACGUGGAAGGCAAAGUGCAGCAUUUACAGUGUCAGACUAGGGACCCGGGAGACCAGGGUUCGAAUCCCCACUCAGCCAUGAAGCCCCCCUGGGUGACCUUAGGCCAGCCACCAUCUCUCAGCCUCACAGGGUGGUGGGUGCUUGUUGUGAGUUCGUUCUGGGCUUUAUCGUUCCAGUUUUUAUGAUGUAAUUUGUGUUUUGAUACAGUGGUAUCUUGGGUUACAUACGCUUCAGGUUACACACUCCGCUAACCUAGAAAUAGUGCUUCAGGUUAAGAACUUUGCUUCAGGAUGAGAACGGAAAUCGUGCUCCUGCGGCGCGGCAGCAGCAGGAGGCCCCAUUAGCUAAAAUGGUCUUCAGGUUAAGAACAGUUUCAGGUUAAGUAUGGACCUCUGGAACGAAUUAAGUACUUAACCCAAGGUACCACUGUACUGUGUUUUUAUGAUUGCGAGUCACCAUGAGAUCUGUGGAUGAAGGGUGGUAUACAAAUGUAAUAAAUACUACUGAUAAUUGUUUGUUUGUUUGUUUAAUUAAAUUUAUAUACCGCCCUUCAUUUGAGGAUCACAAGGUGGUUUACAGAACAAGUGGUAUGGAAUGUUAAUGACUUAAAAUAUAUAAGCUCUCCUGGGAGUAGGGAUGACGAGAAAUAUAUCUGGCUGGUGGUGGCUGUAGUUAGUUGGGGGUGGCGAAUAAGAGGCCUGAACCGGGUGUUCAGAUAUGUGCGAAGGAUACUGGAGUCCAUAUUGGGAUAAUUUGGAAGAAUAGGUUAGUUCAGUUGGGGGCAUAGAAAAUUGGGAAGUGGAAGGCGCACUUUGUAGAGAGGGAUUCACUGGAAGGAAGUACAAGGAAAGGCUUCAGGAAAUGGAAGACCUGAGAAUGGGUGGCAUUGUCUUACAUGAUCAAAAGUCACUUUGAGAUUAUCACCUGAGUUUUCCAGAAUAGAAUUAAUGGGUUUUUGAUGUCUUGUGGGCCCUUCUGAGGGAGAGGGAUACUGGCCUCACAAACCCUGGUGUACUUUUGGAUUGGUGAUUCAGGUUGAGACACAGGUAGGCUGCUUUGGCAAAUCCCAUACUGGAUUGGCAGGUGAAUGUUGCCUCAGGAUGGUAUCUUAUCACCUGGACCAUGUAAUAGGGUGUGAGGAACCCUCUUGCAUUGGUGCCUUCAAGCAGGGUGGGCACACUUUGGAUUGCCAUUCAUUCUGGUUGUGUGUAUCCUUUGUGGUUUGUUCAUCAUGAUCUUGACCUCUUGAUUCCUUGAUCCUCCAGUUUCAGCAUGGUGUGAUAGUGGCCGUGGAUUCCCGGGCAACAGCAGGUGUCUACAUUGCUUCUCAGACGGUCAAGAAGGUCAUCGAGAUUAACCCUUACCUGCUGGGCACCAUGGCUGGUGGUGCAGCUGAUUGCAGCUUCUGGGAGCGGCUGCUGGCACGGCAGUGUCGCAUCUAUGAACUCCGCAACAAGGAGCAGAUAUCAGUGGCUGCUGCCUCAAAGCUGUUGGCCAACAUGGUGUAUCAGUACAAGGGAAUGGGGCUCUCUAUGGGUACCAUGAUCUGUGGCUGGGACAAGCGAGGGCCAGGUGAGGACACCACAUUUUUCUUGGGGGGGGGGCUUUCAUAAGAUUUAAAUUCCUCUCCACUCCCCUGUCUUCCUAAAUUCUAAACAGAUUUAGCCUUUGUGCUAUUUCCCUUGAUCAUGCCUGUACCCACACCUAUGUUCUGGUGACUCUACAAUCCUUGUCUGUAUUUACAUUGGCAUUUGCUGUGGGAAGUGCUAUACAGGCGGUGAUAAAUCCAUUGUGUGAUGUUCCUGAAUGCACAUAUAUUUUUUUAUCUGGCACCCUGGGCUCCUUUGGGAGAAAGGGCAGGAUAAAAAAAAGUAAUGAUGGUUAAGAUUACCUUUCUGGGGUCCGGUGUUUUCCUGUUCCUGCUUUCUUCACUUAAAACUACCUUCUGAGACUCCCCAACCUUUACAUUUGCAUUGGUUUAGGACUAAUUAAGGCUGUACCCCUACCUCACAUGCUGUCCGAGUUUUGGGUUGGGUUUUCUGACAUUGCAUUUUGACACUGGGAAAAGAACAUGCACUGGUUCUGAAUUCUGCUGUGCAUCUCAAGUGAUACUUUGGCUCCUGCUCUCUUUAGCUCACUUUUGUUUGUUUCUACUUCCUUGGGAAACUACAGCAUGUUAAUACUCUUUAUAGGUAAGUGUUCAAUUCUGUAGGGAGGUAGAGCCAGUAACAUAGGAAACAUACUGCCCUGCUAGCUGGAUUAAAAUAUCUGGCAGAUACCUGGAUAAAUUACAGUCAUACCUCGGGUUACAGCCGCUUCAGGUUGCAUUUUUUUGGGUUACGCACCCGCUGAAACCUGGAAGUACCGGAACGGGUUACUUCUGGGUUUCGGCAGUCGCAUAUGCGCAGAAGUGCUAAACUGUGCUUUGCGCAUGCGCAGAAGUGCCGAAUUGCAAUCCGCGUGUGUGCAGACGCGCCGCUGCGGGUUGCAAACGUGUAUCUCGCACGGAUCACGUUUACAACCCGAGUGUCCACUGUAUUGGAAAAGUGACUGAUUGUCGCCCUGUUUGCACCAUUCAUUGAAAGCAGUAUCAUUCCACUUUAAACAGUCAUGGCUUCUCCCAAAGAAUCCUGGGAACAGCUGAGAGUUGUUAUGAGGCUUAUAUUCCCCUCACAAGAGCCAGAGUUCACAGAACAGCCAAUCCCUCUUCCCUGGGAAGUCUUGAGAGUUGUGGCUCUGUGAGGGGAAUAGGAGCAUCCUAACAACAUUCAGCACCCUUAACAAACUACAUUUCCCAGGAUUCUUUGGGGGAAGCCAUGACUGUUUAAAAUAGUAUGAUGCUGCUUCAAAUAUAUAGGACAGUUGGGGCCAAUGUCUCACUUGUAGUCGUAGCUGCAACUUUCUUCCCCCGAACACUGCUGCACUUUUACAACCAACUUGCUAGUGGUGAGGUUAUUAUAGUUUACCAAUUAAGUAUCUUAUUUUAUAUCCUGCUUUCUUCCAUCUUGAAACUUAAGAUGAUGCAUGUAGGGCUCACAAGGGGUCUCCCAUUCAGGCACAGAUCAGACCCCGACCUAUUUAGCUUCUGCAGGGCUGCUGCUAGAAACUCUUGCAAAGUCUCUGGCUGUGUAAAAAUGUGUCUAGAAGCAAAGGUGGUUGUGCCUCCAGGUUGAAUAUGCUAACUAGGGAGGUGGUAUCUCCAGGUAGAGUGUGCUUGGUACAGCCAUUGUUGCUUUGGUACAGCUAGCUGUGCCAUGCACAUGGGUUUUACUAAAUGUUCCCCUACCUGGUUUCCUCCAGAUACUUUAGUCCACAGCUGUGCUGUCUGGGACUGAUGGGAGCAGCGGUCCAAGAAUUCUGGAGGAUACCAGGGAAAAGGUGUAUGUACUAAGUUGACUGGGCUUGCAUUUGUCAGCAGGAAAAUCCCCACAGUCCCCACAUAGAUUGUUGGUACCCAGUACUUGUUGCCCAUGAAGGCCUUCCUCUGGAAGCACUUGGUUGCACUAGCGUAGAAUCACAGUGGUGAUCCUAUUUAAAAUGGUUUUGUCUACUUUUAAUAUUUGCAUAGCAGACCAUUGGGCCAGGUUGGCUGCUCUCCUGAGAAAAAAUCCAAAGAAUUUACAUGGGCUCUGCACAUUUUUAAUUUCCUCAGUGUUUGCACUGACUAGUCCCUUUGAUAAAUCCCUUUCUCAUAUGUUUAUUUGUUACAUGCUGUCUUUCCAUGUGGAAUACCCAAUAUGUCUACAUAUGGUUGGGGCUGAGAGAAGCUGCAGUCUUUGGUUCCCCUGAAAUCUGUGAUACUUUGCAUCCAAGUAUGCAAAGGACUAGGAUAUAAACCUUUCUGUUUUCCUUUAUUCCUCUGACUUAGGCAUCUUGUUCCAUAUUCUACAUCAUAUUCUACCCUUUCCAUCACCAAGGCUGUGCUCUCAGUGCAAACUGCCCCCCCCCGCCCACUUCUUUCUAAAUCAGUGCCUACAAUUUCAGAAUAUCCUAAAAUACGUCUUCAUUUAACAUUCCCCAAAGGAUUCCGUCACCCACCUAAACACUUAAAAGCAAAAUUUUCGCAGGACCACCUUUCCCCUCCAGGUGUUGGAUUGCAACUUCCAUCAUCCCUGACCAUAUGCUCUGCUUGCUGGAGCUGAUGGGAGUUGGAGACCAGCAACAUUUUGAGGGAUACUGGUUUCCUACUUCUGGUGUAGGAUACAGGACACAUAGCUGUGUGUUGCAGCUCUUUUUUAUAGAAAGGGAAACCCCAGUGUUUUCAUUGUGAAGAUAUCUGUGUAGCUUGUUACAUCAGGCUAGGAAACUGAUCUUGAAGAAUUAAUCCUUUUGGGUUUUGUCAACGGUCCAGGAAGGCUGAUUAGAGCAGGGAAUACUGGGCAGAAGAUGCCUGGAGCUAUGGCCAAGUUUAUCCUUGAGCUUGGAACAAAAUGCAUAGCUAUAGCUCCUCCCAAUAAACAUACCCCCCCCCCAGCAUUCCAGUUGCCACAUUUCCUUUGGAUGUUGCAUAGCCCCAUGUUGAGACACUUGCAGCAGCAUCAGGAACUGUAGCGCUUGGGUGUUGAAACUUGGGAGGGUUGCUGGAAGAAGCUCAGAGGACUGAAUGCUCCCUUCCAUCAACCUGUUUAAAAACAUGGUAUAGAAAUUUAGAUCAUUUUUGAAGGGGAGAAGGGUGUGCAAGGCAACCUUUGGUGCUGAUACAAUAAUUGUAAUCAUUUUGUGAAAAGCCCCAGUAACACAAACUUCCCCGCCUUGCCUUUCAGGCCUUUAUUACGUGGACAGUGAAGGGAACCGCAUCUCGGGCAAAGUUUUCUCGGUGGGCUCCGGUUCUGUCUACGCCUACGGAGUGAUGGACCGUGGCUACUCUAACGAUCUCACCGUCGAAGAAGCCUGCGAUCUGGCCCGUCGCGCCAUCUACCAGGCUACAUACCGCGAUGCCUACUCUGGGGGCACAGUCAACCUCUACCACGUACGCCAGGAUGGCUGGGUCCGUGUCUCCAGCGACGACGUGUCCAAACUGCAUGAAUUAUAUAAUGACAAAGCCACAGAAACAGUCGCUUGA